AAACGAAUUGGGGAAGGCACAUUUGGAAGUGUUUAUCAUGCGCUAUGGCAUAAGACUGAUGUGGCAAUCAAAAGACUUAAACAUGAAACUAGUGAUGAUGAAGAAUUCGAAAGAGAAGCUAUUUUAAUGUCUUCUUUAAGACAUCCAUUUAUAGUAAGCUGUUUUGGAGUUUCACUAACAACCAAUGCAAAAUAUAUGGUCGUUGAGUAUAUGAACAAUGGAAGUGUUGAGAAGGCAAUUUAUAAUUCCAAUCAGGGAAAAAAUGUUUUGAGGUUUAAUGUGAAAUUGAAGAUUCUCAUUAGUGUGGCUAAAGGAUUGACCUAUCUACAUUCAAUCAAACCACACAAAAUAAUUCAUAGAGACCUAAAAUCUGCCAAUAUUCUGUUAGAUUCAAAUAUGAAUGCUAAAGUAUGUGAUUUUGGAUUGAGUAAGGUAGUUUCCAAUUCGCAUACAAUGACUUCUAAUGUGGGCACA